GAUCCGACGAUCGAAACCGGAACGGCACCGAGUUUACCGAGAGGACAUUUCGAUAAUUGAGAAAUACUAGCGUACCGCCUUGGAGGCAGUUGCGUGAGCAAAUACGAAGAGGGAGGAAAAAGAAAGGCGACGAGUGGCCGAGGCGAGUGGCCGAGAGGCGGCACAACUGGUCUUGCUACUACCGCUCGUUUCCGACAAUCAGCUGACUUCCGGUGCCACCGCGAGACAUUGGAAUGUUAGCGAGUUGCCUCGGCAAUUUUGCCUGACAAAGAAGUGACCCUCUGUUUCCUCCUUUCGUUUCUCUUGGACGCGCGGGGCGGCGUCUCUCUGUGUCGCAAGUUCGCCCGUGCACUUUUGCCGCGUGCAGCUUUGCAGUUCCGGCCGGAACGGGACUUGCGGGACGAUGCGGAUCCCUGCCGCUUAACCGCGCAGCGCAAUCGCGCGUCUCCCUUAAGUUGGAGUCCCCUGCGCCCGAUCUCGCCACAUGGAUGCCGUAUAACACCGUCGCCGCCGGUCUCGCCGUCGUGGACAACAUGAGCUCCGAGGGCAGGGGGACGGAAGUGGACGUCGGCCUGAAGAAUGACAAUCAGUCCGUGGACCAAGGGAGCGAGGAGGCUCGGCUGAGGCUCAACAACAACAACAACGGCGGCGGCGAGGGGGGUGAGGUGAAGCUCGCGCUUGCCAACGGGGCGAGGCCCGUGUCCGACUGUGCCAACUCCCCCAACAACGUCUCUCAGGACGCGAGCGUGUCUUCCGUGCUCGCCGGCAUCAAGGCUCAGAACCCCAACGCUGUCAACUGUCAAUUGAAGCAUAAGCCUAAGCCCCAGAUGCACUUGAAUCUGCCUUCCGCUCAGGCGGUCAAGCCCAACGACGACGCGGACAUGAAGAAUAAUGUGGAUUACGCGCCCGCCAUAGAGAAAUGCCCUUCCAAGGUCUCUCGCAGUUCAGAUUCUAGUCCGGAGGCCGAAUGUUCCUGGACGUCCAAGUCGUAUGGAUCCAAGCGUGUACUGAAUAACAUAGGUGGUAGCAUAGGCUCGACGAGUCAGGGGACCUGUUGUUUUCUCAAACCUAACAUCAACGGCAGCAGAGAAGCCGCUGGGCCCAGCGGACUGCAGAGGGUGUCGUAUCGUCUCGAAUGUUUAUACUCCCGUGUGCACCGAACUUCACAGACUUCACAGAGAGAACAGAUGGAACGAAUGGAUUCCAGCUCCGGGAACGAGGGAGAUAUGUCCGACGGAGAAGAUUAUUGUAUCUACACCUAUAAAGGAAACGACGAGGUGAUCCAUUCGGAUCAGCAGCAAGAGUUGAAUCAGGAGCACGCGGCGAAUCAGGAGGCAGAGGGACAGAACCACAGCGGUAGGUCGAGUCCAGAGAUGGAUUUCCUGGAGAUGGACUUUGAUCCCGGGCCUUCCUGCGAACUGGACACCGGAGACAGUGAUCUGGCCUCGAUAAACGAAGAUAUACAGAAUAUAGCACUAGAUAACAUAGAGCAAGACCCGGUGCUGAAUGAUCUGAGUAGCGGAAAAGUCGUCUCUAGGCAAGGAUUGGUAGCGAUGCCGCAGAGCUCGAAACAGCCUGCGCAACAUACUUUGCAGCAAUGUAUGAGUAAUCAAUGUACGGUAGAGCAAAGUGCCAAGCCAACUUAUUCGGCCCCGUGGAUGCCCAGUACUAGCGCUGCAACUGCAAGAUGGGACAGCGCGACGCUGUAUCGUAAUACAGGUUGCCCGGUGCGCGAAUCUUACGGUUAUCACAACACAAGCGGCGACCUUAUAUCGCCCGGCGAUAACAGAGACUCGGACUCGGAAUUGUGGGCCGAGUCCUCGGCGGCGUCUCUCCCGGACAAUUGCAAUUUGAACGCCAGGAAGGUUAAUCUCAUUUCUACGCUUUAUCAUCGAAUAAUGGCUAAGAAACUAAUGCUCAAUAAGCAUGCUGCGUUUAAUCAAAGUGGUGAUUCCAAUCUGGAAAGUGAAUUGUCUAACGAACGGCUAGACGGCUUGCCGCCGGUGGAAAAGGUGAUGCUGUGGAGUGAGCAGGAAGCGACGGUGAAUCAAGUUACGCAAAUCGGCACCUCCGCCUGUGGUACUACAUCCGCAAUUAAUGCUCUGUUGGCCUUAAAUAUAUCAUUUUCCCUGGAAGUAUUAGUGAAAGGUGUAAAUACGAGAUUGAGAGAGCUGGGUGUACCGCUACCGAGGUAUCUCGUCAGCCGUUCGGUAGCAGGAGCAACUCACAAAGAUAUAGCACGAGGGAUAUCUCUGUCGACGAAUGGUGCAGCUGUAACAAAGUUCUUUGCAUUUUAUCCAGAGAGGAAGGUGUCGUUGUCCCACUGGUUGCAUUACUGGAUUUCCAGGGGUGCUGCCCCAAUCGCAACACUCAAUUUGCAACAUUGCGGCGAAGGUUGCGAUAUACCGGACGCAUGGCACCAUCAGAUGAUUUUCGGUGUAGGACAGGCUGGCAUAUACUUGACAAAUCCUUUAGAAUGUUUGCCUGAACAGCUCGUGUGGCAUCAAUUAGUUAGCCCCAGUAUUUUAUUGAUACGAAAAACCGACGUUCUAGCGCAUUGGAACGCAAAUACAGAUCUAAUGCCGCUCGCGACUAUGGAUCAAAAGUGGCGAAAAUUUAAUGUCCUUGGGCAAGUUGUAAAUAUGGUACGAGAAUCAAUGAGCCAAAGGCAACCUAACGGUACGACCACUGGAGCGACUCACAUUCGCAUUCCGGCCUCUUACCAAGCGGGCAUUACAUUGGUCAUGUGUGCCGAUUCCGCCGCAGCCACCGAAUUGUUACACGCAGAACAACUACCAUUGCUCUAGUCUUAUCGAUCAAAAAUUCACAAACCGGGCUAGGCCACUUUGUUUACAAUCAAUUUUAUUACCAGGCCAGUCCAUACAAUGUUCUUAUAGUUUAUUUGCUAUGUAAACAGAAUGGAAAUGAUUUACAUUUUUGAAAUGGCGUUUGUAUUCAAAGAGAAUAUUGAUUAAAGUAUAUUUCAAUAGAA